AUGGCUUUGCCGUGGAUCUUGCCGUGGAUCGGCGGCUUCCGGGGAAGCUGGUCAGCAGAGGAAAAAAGGCGAUUUGGGACAUUUCUUAUCUCUCUGAAUUGCUGCUGGGACACCAUUCCCGCUCCCAAAAUCGCUGCUGUCGCAGAGACGAACCCCGUUGUGCCGUCGCGGCUCCGGCUGACCACGCUCCACACCGAUCAGACCCUGAAGAAGGAAGGGCUGAUCUCUCAGGAUGGCAGCAGCCUGGAGGCCCUGCUGAGGACCGACCCAUUGGAGAAGCGUGCCCUCCCGGACCCCCGCAUCGACGACGACAGCCUGGGCGAGUUCCCCGUCACCAACAGCCGCGCGCGGAAGCGGAUCCUUGAGCCGGAUGAUUUCCUGGACGAUUUGGACGAUGAGGACUACGAAGAAGAUACGCCGAAGCGGAGGGGGAAGGGGAAAGCCAAGGGCAAAGGUGUCGGAGGGGCUCGCAAGAAGCUGGACGCGGCUGUAUUAGAAGACCGGGAUAAACCCUACGCUUGUGACAAUAGUUACAAACAAAAGCAUACCUUGAAACCUCCCGAUCGAGUCUGCGGGAAGCGAUACAAGAACCGGCCGGGGUUGAGCUACCACUACGCUCACUCCCACCUGGCCGAAGAAGAAGGCGAUGACAAGGACGAUUCGCAGCCCCCGACUCCUGUCUCGCAGCGAUCGGAGGAGCAAAAAUGUAGGGGGGGACCCUCCCUCCCCCCCGCCGGCGUCGCCGGGCCGUCUUCCCGGAGGAGCCGAGGGUUUGGGCUGGGAGCCGGCUGCCGCGCCGCCCUCACCCACGUCCCCGCCGUCUCCGCAGGGCACCCCUCCUGCCUGCAGUUCACCCCGGUGAUGAUGGCGGCCGUCAAGACGUACCGCUGGCAGUGCAUCGAGUGCAAGUGCUGCAACAUCUGCGGCACCUCCGAGAACGACGACCAGCUCCUCUUCUGCGAUGACUGCGACCGCGGCUACCACAUGUACUGCCCGACCCCCCGAUUAUUCCUCCCCUGCUCUGCUGGAGAAGUGGAAAAGCCUUUUCCCACCCCAAAAAUCCAUCGCCUGCGUCCCUUGUGCCCUAAAAUGUCUCCGUCUUGGCCGCCCGAAAAUGGCCUGAAUAGCCCAAAAAUUGACCCAAAUAGCUCCAAAAUGACCCGAAUAGCCCAAAAAUGGCCUGAAUAG